AAUGAAGCCCCAAUUUUUAGCUCAAUGAAAAAGCUACCUCAAAGUCAUUUCCCCAAAACACCGAUUUCACCAUAAUUUGUCACUGUCACUAAGAAGAGAAGAAUGGCUGAGCUCCACAAAAUCUUCCAACCGUUUUAAUUUAAUUUUAAAAUAUGGCUACAAUUGCUUGCGAAUCACAAAAAUAUACUACCAGAUUUAACUGUCGCUGUUUUCUAUCAUUCUAAUCCAUAAGAUUUUUAUUAUUCUGAUCAAACACAAGUUAAAUUGUUACUUGGAAAAUUUUGUUACUCAGAUGUUUCUUAGUGCUUAUUGAAAGUUUCCUCCUUUGGAAUUGUUCUUUAAAAAUGGCAGCAAUUGCAUCAAGUAGGGUCGGAUUAGGACAAAUUUGCCCCAGUAUCAAAACCCUUAACCCCAAAAAAUCACACACUCAAUUUCUGGGGAAACCCCUUUUCUUCAAACCCCAAUUCAGAUCAUCAUCCACUUUCAAAUCCCGGAAAAAAUGUGUAGUUUUUGCUUCUGGGUUCGAGUUAUUCGACCCGGUUCGAGACCUUUUCCUGGGUGUGGGAGUUGGGUUACCUUGUACAGUUAUGGAGUGUGGAGACAUUAUUUAUAGGAGCACUCUACCAAGGUCUAAUGAAUUGACACUUACUGUUCCAGGCGUGGUGUUGGCUCUUGGGGCAGUUUCUUACCUUUGGGCUACCCCCGGUGUGGCUCCUGGGUUUUGGGAUAUGUUUGUGCUUGCUUUUCUUGAGAGAAUUUCCAGACCCACCUUUAAAAAGGAUGACUUUGUGUUGGGAAAAAAAUUGGGGGAAGGAGCUUUUGGAGUUGUUUAUAAGGUUUCUUUAGCCAACAACAAGAAGCCCUCUAUGAAGGAAAGUGACUUGGUCUUGAAAAAGGCUACUGAGUAUGGCGCUGUAGAAAUCUGGAUGAAUGAGCGUGUGCGAAGAGCUUGUGCUAGUAGUUGCGCUGAUUUUUUAUACGGUUUCAUGGAGAGUUCUUCUAAGAAAAAAGGUGAAUAUUGGCUUAUAUGGCGUUUUGAGGGUGAGUCAACACUAGCAGAUUUACUGACGGGCCGAGAGUUCCCCUACAAUGUUGAAACAAAGAUCCUGGGAGAAGUACAGAACUUGCCUAAGGGAUUAGAACGAGAGAAUAGAAUCAUACAAACAAUAAUGAAGCAACUUUUAUUCGCUUUGGAUGCUCUUCACUCGACUGGAAUUGUUCAUAGAGACAUAAAGCCCCAGAACAUUAUUUUCUCCGAAGAUACUCGCACAUUCAAGAUUAUUGAUCUUGGGGCUGCAGCAGAUCUACGAGUAGGCAUUAACUAUAUCCCGAAAGAGUUCCUUUUGGACCCAAGAUAUGCUGCACCUGAGCAAUAUAUCAUGAGCACUCAAACUCCAUCAGCACCAUCACCUCCUGUGGCCGCUGCACUUUCCCCAGUCCUGUGGCAGUUGAAUUUACCAGAUCGAUUUGACAUAUACAGUGCUGGUCUGAUAUUCUUACAAAUGGCCUUCCCUUCAUUGCGUUCUGACAGCAACCUUAUCCAGUUCAACCGUCAGCUGAAGAGGUGUGACUAUGAUUUAAAUGCAUGGAGAAGUUCAGUUGAGCCACGAGCAACAGCUGAUCUCAAAAGAGGUUUCGACCUCUUAGAUUUAGAUGGAGGGACUGGAUGGGAGCUCCUGACAUCAAUGGUACGGUACAAAGCACGGCAACGGCUGAGUGCAAAAGCUGCCUUAGCAUACCCGUAUUUCGAUAGAGAAGGCCUUUUGGCUUUGUCCUUUAUGCAAAAUCUGAGGUUGCAAUUGUUCCGAGCAACACAAAAGGAUUAUGGGGAGGCUGCAAAAUGGAUCACUCAGUUGAUGGCUAGAUCAGGGACAAAAAAGGAUGGCGGAUUCACUGAAGCUCAGCUGCAGGAUCUGAGGGAGAUGGAGCCAAGAAAGAAAGGGAGUGCCCAAAGAAAUGUUCUAGCUUCGGCUCUUCGGAUGCAGAGAAAGAUCAGCAAAACAAUUAAUGAGAGCAUCGGUGAACUCAACCAGACAAGGAAGAGCAUGUGGUGGAGCAGGUGGAUCCCUAGAGAGGAGUAAGGACUGUAUAUGUACUAUGUUGACUUAUAUCUGUAAAGUUUGUAAAUCUAUACCUGUUAUUAUCUGGUUUAAAAUGAAAAGUAGUUGCUGUCAGAUUUUUUUUUUUUUUUUUUUUUUUUUCCUUGUUAUGGAUUUCAUAUACAGGUAGCAAUUAUGUAUAGGUUACAUUGUAAUGAAUUCAGCACUAUAAUUCAGAAUGUUCAAUGUCAGAGAAGAAACAGGAGUGAAAUUUGCGCAUGUUUUA